AUGGCUCCUUUAGAAGUACCUACUUCGGUUGUAUCCACCUCUACUGUAUUUACGGUACCACCAGGGGUACUACCGGCAUACCCCGCACCUGCUCCGGCCCUACCUACGGCGUACCCGGCACCAAGGCCACCGAGACCUACCAUGUAUUCGGCACCAGCAGCACCUGUGGCCCCAGGACCUACAGUGUACCCAGCAGCACCUGCACCAGCGAUACCAGUUACUCCACAUCCGGUACCACUACCUACCGUACAUCCAGCCGCGGCCACCUAUGCUGACCCUGCGGUGCCACUGACGGCAUAUGCUCCAGUUUAUGCAGCAGCACCGUGA